AUGUCCAUUGCGCUGUCAGCUGACAUUGAUAAUAAGGUAGCUGUGAAUGGCUGCGACCUUUUAAAUCGUCAUGAAUUAUCGUCGACACAAGAUCGAGAACUUCAACGUUAUAUCGACAAUAACGCACAUAUACUGUAUUUUAAGGAUCGAGAAAUUUACUCACCACCAAAACAAAAACAUCGAUCCAACUAUGCUCCACUAAGUAGAAGUCUAAGUCAUGGUGAAAAUCCACUAAUCGGAUACAAUCGAAGCGAUGCCAAUCAUCAUUCACCAAGAAACGGUUCGACCUACGACCAAUAUACAUCAUCCAGAACGACUCCAACAAUAAGUGAUCCAUUUGUAACACCAACUGGGCAGCGAGUGAAUUUCACAUCGGAUUUUCCGGAACUUGGAGACGGUAGCUAUUUGGAUGAUGGUUUUUCGGUACCGUAUAAACCUACAUCACCAUCCUCACCAUAUGGAAGAAUGACUCCAAAUGGUGGCUAUUUAACACCGGGAAGAGGUGGAAUUUCAAAACAUUCCAGACCACAAAGUCCAUAUGGAAGCUUGAAAAGCAGAAAAGGUGUUAGCUGGUUAGAUCAAGAAAGAGCACGUUCUUUAUCGCCAUCGAAUAACAAGGUUCAGCCACACACCUCGUCGAAUAUAAUGGUAGCGGAGCCCUACCGGCAAAAUCUCACUGGAAUGUCUCAAUAUGGGAGCGCUGGAAAUCUAAGCAGCUACCGGGAUCGAACAGUUAGCCCGGCAUAUACUUCACUAGGAAAACAUAAGGAUGACUAUAAUCGUUUCGAAACGGCACGACACAAGGAAGCGAUGCGAAAUGAACGUCAAAAAUCGGAAGAAAGCCGUUUCCAAGCAUUCGGUGAUCGACCAGGAAGUGGUGUUGAACUGACAACUCAUCAUUGGCAAGGAGGCGAGAUCAUCACCGAUCCUAGUCAACUUCCUAAAUCUCUGAAACCACGACGAUUGUACUAUUCACCGAUAGGAGAUGGAACUGUUGCUGCUGACGGUAUAGAGCUGAAAAGGCGACCUGUAGACUUAUCACCACGUGUAACAAUUACACAAAUGCAACAUGUUGACCGUGGUCAUAGAGGUCACGAUGGGCUGAAUGUCUUCGAGAAAAGUUGGACAAAUCCUAUGGGAUCUCAUCCGGGUAGCGAAGCCGGAUAUGGUAGCGAUUUUGGCGGUGGACCAGGAAGUGGACGAAAUUCUAGAGCGGAUGCAUUGAGUCCAUCGGGAGAUCCUUACGGGAAAGGAUCGCAUGGAGGUCCUCAUGGAGCUAAUCUUGGCGGCCCUGGAGGAUACGGUCCCGGUGGUGGUCCUGGAGGAUAUGGCCCAGGAGGUGGUCCUGGAACAGGAGGCGGAUACGGAAGCGGACGUGGAACACCAAGUGGACCUGGAGCAGGAGACGGUUAUGGAGGCGGCCCAGGCGGUGGUGGUUAUGGUGGUGGUCCGGGAAGUGGAGGAUACGGAGGCGGUCCGGGAAGCGGUCGACCAGGAAGUGGUCUUGGAGGCCGUGGUGAUCCGUACAGUACUUUGGACUCUCGUUCUGGUCAUCCGUAUGGCUCAAAUGGAAACCUAGGUCCAGGAAAUGACGGAAGAAUGAGUGUCGCUUCAUCGGUGUUCUCGGAUCCAUCCUAUCGUUUCGACACCAAAACAGGCUAUCUUAUCACAAAUCCACGCGAACUAAUCCAUCAAUAUGCCACAACAACGCCUGUGGCGGUGAUGGAUCCAACUGACAACACACCUUCAACAACCACAAUCACAAAACAAAGCUUAUACAGAAAAUCUGAGGAAACUACUGAGGAACGAUUUUCACCGUAUGCGCCCUAUAAGAGCGCAGCAAAUGUGCCAUCACCAAACAAAUUCGUUCGACAGCUAAGAGAUGAGACUUUGACACAUAGCCAGCGUGAAGCGAACGCUCACAUCGAUCCAUUAAACCAACGCGAUGCCCACGCGGAGCAAAGGAUCAGCGAGAUUCGUUCGAAGACACACACAAGCAGAGGUGGAAACGAUGACAUCGAUAGUCUGACACAACAACUCGUCCACGGUCUGCAAUCAUCGGCACGAUACUAG